AUCCAAGGCUGCAAAUUAUGGAAAGAAGCGUUGACUCAAUCCUGUCAAAAUGUCUGCAAUGUGACGUCAGAUCGCCUCAGUCACAGAGAAUUGCACUGCGUAAUGGGAUGCAACGAUGCCACCGCAAAAUAUUUCGCAAAAAUGCGCGAAAUCUUAGGUAGUCCACCUGCACCGGCUUUGUUGGAUAAUUCCUUAGAAGCCACAUCUUUGAAGUUAGAAUGGAGGUUUCCAAAAGCUACCGGAACAAGACUGAGCUAUCAUAUACAAUGGCGUUAUGAAGAAUUAACAGCCUCUUGGCAGUAUUCCAGAAAUGCCACUUGGGACCCAGAAACCAGCAAUUUUUUAGUUAAAGAGUUGCAACCUUAUACGAAAUAUCGGUUCCGAGUGGCCCUGAACCUGGGCCACCACGGCCACCUCGGCGAGCCCAUCUUCUCCGAGCCAAGCGUCGUGAUCGCCACCCUGGCCUCGGGGCCGCCCGCCUCGCCGCCCGUUCACCUGCGCGCCGCCCCCGUGGACGCCCGCACGGUCAGCGUCAACUGGGAACCCGGUCCCUUCCCGCACGGCCCCCUCCUCUCCUACGUGCUCCAGAUCGUCGACGACGACAACGGGGGCCCGGCGCCCCUCGUCGAAGUCAAGGAUGUUCCAUCGACUACGUCAUUUUAUCUAUAUCAAAACCUGCAACCUGAAAGAAAUUAUACUGUUUCUGUUCAAAUGAGGAACAGUUAUGGUUCUGGACCUCCAGCAACUGUACAUGUAUCAACUCCGAAAGUAAAACGAGUUGCAGGAAAUCCAGAGCCUGUAUUAAUUUUCGGUACACAAUUUGCAAUUUUCGAAUUGGAAAAGCUGUUGGGUGAUGGUAUACAUCUGUUUCAUUCGGAAUUAUCAAUUGAAGGUAUAGGAAUCCAUAUUAGCAAACAGCUGCUUUUCAUAUCAGAUGUCAGUGGUACUGUUUGGCGCUUACCCAUUGAACAGGAGACCAAGAACAAAACCAAGAUCCUUACUUCCGACCAGAUCGAUUUCUUCCCUUUGGACUUAUCAGUCGAUUGGCUCAACGAUCAGCUCUAUAUUUUGGGUGAAGUCGCUCCAAGGAAAAGUCCACCGAGAUAUAUAAUUAAAAGGUGUAAUCUGGAUGGUACUGGUCUAACAGUCGCCUUGGCAGGACUAACCACCAGACCAAACAACAUGGAAAUAGACCCGUGCAACGGUUACUUGUUAUGGUCGAUCCGGGAAUCCCCUGCAGCGGGGAUAUACAAGUUGGACAUUUCUGAUAUUAGCAACGGCAUCAAGCACGAAAUCAAGCCCGAGAAAAUAUUAAACGGUUCGCACUUGGGAGCUUUCGUGGUGGAUUAUAUGAAUUUUCUGGUUCUUGUAUCGAACCAGAAAUUAAACACGAUAUUCUCCGUUACUUUGGAUGGAAAAAUCGUAACCAACAUUCGCAAGAAUGUCAUAGUACCAAAAAUGAAACACGUCAUCUCCCUUGCUACGGUCAACGAAAGAUUCUACUGGACAGAUGGAAAGUCAGUCUACUACGAAGAAUACCAUCCAGGUAGGCAGCUCUAUUUUAACAACCAGAUGUCACAUUUGGGCAAAACGCAGUACAAGAAGAUAUUUAUUAAUUUGCCUAGCACCCAGCCCUGGCCCAUACCCAGGAACCCUCCCAUAAAUCUGCAGGCUGUAUUUGGUACGACCAUGGCAAAAACGAAAUGGAGUCCGCCGCAUUUGCUGGGACUACAAGGAAAAGCAGCUUGGCAAAACUGGUCUUACGAAAUUUCAAUUCAGAAUUUAAUAAACGGUUCUAUAUCAACUUACACCACAAAUUCCACGUCAUUUAGUUUAAACGAUCUUACGGAAAACACUGAGUAUCUUCUUAGAGUGCUGGCCUAUACUAAAUAUGGCAAGAGUCCAUGGUCUUCAGAGUUCAGAGGUAGCACUUUGGAGAAGGACAGGAAUCCUGUAUUUUUGUGGUCUGGCAUAGAAGGUCUAUUCAAAUCAGAUUCUACUAUAGAGAAUGUGGAAACUUUAAUACACAAGAGUGGAAUGGGAAAUAUUGCUUUCACUGGAGUCUCGUGGUAUCAAGACCAACUUUACAUGGUUAGUAAUAAUAGCCACGUGGUAUGGUACAACUUGACCUCCCAUAAAUAUGGUAGACUAGCCGACAUGGAUUCUGUUGGUAGCAUCGCAGUAGACUGGAUUGGGAAAAAACUGUAUUGGUCAAAUUUGAAACAACAACUGAUUAUUCGCAGUGAUUUAAAUGGUAGCCAGCAAGAACCUCUAUCAAUAUUAACUCUAGCCAAAGAAAUAGUCAUAGAUUCAGUAAAGGCUUACUUGUAUUGGUCUAGGGAGUAUGUUGUCGAAUGUGCUCAUCUAAAUGGAGAAGACAAAAUGGAGUAUGAUCAUCUAGAACCGUUUUCUGGUAGACAAGUUAUGGGACUGACACUGGACAUGGACAAAAAACUAGUAUACUGGGUUGUAAGAGGUUCGGAUGGUUCGCACUUAUUUGAGGCUCCCAUGGCUGGAUAUUAUGAUGGAGAAGAUAUAACAAAACGAAAAGUAGCUCUCUUGCAGCGAGGCAACAUGCAGGGACCUUUCUCCUACUUCAAUAACCGUUUGCUAUGGCUACAAGAUGAGAAAAAUGCAGUGGUGAGCGAUUUAGUAGGGAAGAAUAUAGCUGUUAUAAGUGGAAAAUUAAUAUGGGGUUUGAAUUUGGUGUACGUUGUUGAUGAGUCACUUCAUCCUUGGCCAAGCAACUUAACUGCUGGUAACAUUAAUGUAAUACCAAAAGAAAUAGAUACCGGUUCUGUAAAAGUCAGUGGUUCUUCAGAUUCCUUCAACAUUACUUGGAGCCCAAUAAAAAAUGUGAAUUAUGGCGUAGUUUUUUACGAAAUCCAGAUUGACGGUUUGCCUAGAAACAACUCCACUAUUAUUACUACAGAGCCUACCAUUCGAUAUUGGAGACAUAUUCCGCCAUUCACGCUGAUCAAUGUUAACAUAAGAGCGUUCACUUAUUGGGCUACUUCGCCUCAAAUUAGAGCAGAGAUAUAUUCACCACCGUCAACGCCAUCUGCACCCAUAAAUACUCGAAGUUAUGUUGUUCACAAACACGGUCCAUUUGACUUAUAUUACAGUAGUGUUUCGGUGAUAUUUAGAUGGGACCCACCUCUGUUUCCAAAUGGAGUGCUUCAAGGGUAUUAUGUGAGUUGUUGGUACAUCGGCGAGGAUACUCGGAUAGGUCAAUGUGAUGAUGUUAAAACACCACCAAACCAAACAGAAUAUAAAGCGAAAGAUCUAAUAUACAACAAAGUAUACUUUUUUCAGGUACAAGCUUUCACUGAAAUAGGCACAGGUGCUUUGUCUGAACCAAUAUCAGUUGACGCAGGCAAGGAAGCUCCCUUACCAACCUUAUUAAUAGCUUCAUCAGACUCCAUUUUCAUUGACGACAUGGACACAAAUCAAGCACAUUCUUUACUGACUGGAAUCAAUACUCCCAAAGUAAUAGCGUGUUUGCUAAGGGAACAGAAAGUCUUCUGGAUAAACGAAAUUCGAGAAUUACUCAUGUACGAUUUUUCUUCAGGCAACAAAAUCAAACUGUUUGACAUCAAAGGCAAACCUACUGAUUUAGUAAUGGAUUGGUUAGAAAGAAGCCUGUAUUAUGUUGAAGAAACAAGCGAAGACUCGGGAUCUACCAUUUAUAAAAUCGAUUUAAAUAAAUUUGAGAACGGUAUUGUUCAAAAUGAGAAGAUCUUUUCGACAUCAGCUAAUAUAACGAAAAUAGAGAUCUCACCGUUUACAAGAAAAAUUUAUUGGAUACAAACCAUGGAUAAUCAAUUGCAUAAAGUUAUGUUUUCUGAUUUGAACGGUUAUAAUACUGAAGACUUCUUUUCAUCGUCAAUUCAAGAUCAGGCUAAAAGAAACACUACAGCCGAAGACUGUAAUUGCUCAACUAAUACAAACGUUGAAUCAACAUUUACUAUUGACCAUUCAGUAUUUCAAAUAGAACCCGUUCUUAUAUUCAUUGAUUCUGAUUCCAAAGAGGUGUUCUCGUCAGAUAAAAGUGGAUGUCAGUGUAAUGUAAUUCUUAAUGGCACAAUUCUAAGCGAGUCAGACCCAUUGAAGAAAGUUAAAUUUGAUUUUGACUCACUUUACUGGACUAACUCUGAUGAUACAUUGUACGCAUUGAAACCAAAACAUUCACACUUGUUAAGUAAGCCUUUGAAGUCUAACGAUAUACUUAUUUAUGGAGAACAUACGCAACCAUAUCCUCCCCAAGAUUGUCUUAGUCCUUUGCAGCAUUUAGAUAUAAAACCCAGUAUUAAGAGAAUGUCAUUUGAUUCUCUAACAUUAAAAAUGCCUGAUGUUUUGUUUAAUUCAAAUUGUAUGAACACAUCUAUAGCGACUGUAAUGUACAGAAUCAGGUAUAUUAAGACAAAUAAUAAUCCAGGAGGUGACUUUGGGGAAGUUACAACGUUUGAUAAAGAGAUUGAAGUAACAGAUCUGGAACCUUAUACAAUAUACACUGUAAAGGUAGCGGCGAGCAAUCACUAUUCAGAUGAACACAGUAUAUAUUGGAGUAAACCGCUGAGGUUCAGAACUUCACCUGGAGCGCCUUCCAAGCCACAAAAUAUAUCAGCUGCAGUUUUAAAUCCUACCUUGGUACAAGUUAACUGGUCCCCGCCAAGUCAGCUAAACGGAGAUGUAAUCCGCUACGAAAUACACUGGCUGACAGAAGGAUCGCUUACCGGAGUGCGUCAAAAAGGAGAGCAACCUGUCAGCGAUUUAAGAUUCGUCGAUAAAAAAAUGGACGUGCUGACUACUCUCCUACAGAAACUUAGUCCAAACGAAACGUACACCGUCUGGAUUCGAGCUUACAGUGAGACAAACGAAACGUCUUCGGACAGUGACAGAGUUCAAAUCACGACCUAUCCAGAACCUUCGGAAUUCGAGUUAACAAACCGAACUUCCCAAAGCUUGUUCCUUAUGUGGGAAGUCACUCCUCACAUAUACAAAUACUCUAUCCAGUACGCUCCUAUCACUUCGACCAAUACGUGGAUUGGAGUAAAACAAACCGAUCAGAACGAUGAUUUAGUUGAAAUAGCUGUCGAGGAUUUAAAACCAAAGAACCAAUACAAAUUUCGGCUGGCUUUAUUGUAUGACAAGUAUCCUGAAUGGUAUGUGUGGCCGUCAGAUUCCAGGUUUACAUUUGAAACACUAGGUGAUAGACCAAGUCCUCCUGGUACCCCAGGUAUCCAGCUUUCCGGUCCUAAUAUUUACAAAGUAGUAUGGGAGGCAUCUUUAGACAAUGGCGCCCCAAUAGAACUCUACAAAUUAGAAUGCUUAAAGCUGAUAACGUUCAGAAACAAAAGAAGCACGACCACCAAUAGGACGGCUUGGUUUCACAGUGCGCCAUCUAUCGAAGAGGAAGAAUUUACUUGGGAACAAGUUUAUAAUGGAACAGACAAUUCCUGGGUGAUAAGCGAUUUAAGUGACAAAUACAGAUACGCUUUCAGAGUGUAUGCUCUGAAUUCAUAUGGUUGGAGCGAUCCCAGUCCUGAAAGCACCGAUUUUGAUAUAACGGAAGCUGAGAGAUUGUCACAGAAGAAUCCAAUCAACCUUAUCUUCAUUGCCACGUUUGUCCCUAUAAUAAUAUGUCUGACUAUAGUGAUCUGUUUUAGUUAUUUGACAUACUCUAAAAGAUGCGGUAAGCAAAAAAAAGUCGAACAAAUCACAACCGUUCAACGAGGACCCGACGUAGAACUGGCAACGCUGCGAGAACUACCCAGACGCGGGAUUCACAGCACCAACAUCCUCUACGUAUCAGGCGCCCCUAACAAUGACGAUAUCACCCUGUUGCCCCAUAUCCGUCGGGAUCAGAUAACUUUGUCCACGUUCCUAGGCAGUGGUGCUUUUGGUGAAGUCUACAAAGGCAUAGCUAGAGGAGUAAGCAGCGAUGUAGCUGAGCAAAAAGUCGCUGUUAAAACGUUGAAGGAACAUGCCUCCGAUCAGGAGAAGAGCGAAUUUCUGCAAGAAGCUCAGCUAAUGAGUCAUUUUAAGCAUGAACAUAUCAUUCAGUUACUUGGAGUGUGCUUGGAUAAUGAUCCACAAUUUAUAAUAAUGGAGCUGAUGGAAGGUGGGGAUUUGCUCACUUAUUUGAGAAAUUCCCGGAAUCCAUUGAACAAAACUCCAUCGCUGAACCUAUUAGAACUGCUAAAGAUGUGUCUGGAUGUUACUAAAGGUUGCAGAUAUUUAGAAGAAAUGCAUUAUGUUCAUAGAGAUUUGGCGUGCAGAAACUGUUUAGUUUCCUGUGUUGAAAGCGAGAAUAGAAUAGUUAAAAUUGGAGAUUUUGGACUUACAAGAGAUAUCUAUAAGAAUGACUAUUACAGAAAGGAAGGAGGAGGGUUGCUACCAGUCAGGUGGAUGGCCCCAGAAUCGCUAGGAGACGGCGUAUUUUCUUGCCAAUCAGAUGUGUGGGCUUUCGGAGUACUACUCUGGGAAAUAAUGACCCUUGGUCAGCAGCCUUAUCAAGCCAGAUGUAACCUGGAAGUUUUACAUUAUGUUAAAGCCGGUGGACGUCUGGGAAAACCGACAGAUUGUCCAGAAGAAUUGUACAAACUGAUGUUACAAUGUUGGGAACACGAUCCAGAAAAAAGGCCGACUUUCAAAUAUUGUUUGGAAGUCCUCGACGAAGCCCAUAGGGAACAUUUAAGAAAUCGUGUAACUGGUGCUCAUACGCAGUACAUUAGUACGGUACCUGAUGUACUUGCUGGGAUCGCAAAUGCUGCAUAUUUUCUUGAUGAGAAUGAGAACAGUUCAGCAGGUAUGUCCUGGAAGAGUGAAAACGACGACAACGACGAAACCAACCGGGAACAAACACCUUUCCUAUCACCAGAUGGCCCAAAAGAAAUUCCAAAAUAUCUGGAACUCCUUUACGAACCCGAAUCUGAUACUCCAUUGGAGAACGAUGGAUACGAAGUACCAAAUCAUAUGAUAAGUCCAGAAGAAAGAGCAAAUGAGCCUGCAAAUGACAAAGAAGAACUAAAUUCUAUAAAACAAGCCGAAGAGGAAAGUGCCAAAGACAAAUCUAGUUACGUAUUAUGCGGAAAAAAUUGAUACCAAAACCUGAACCAAAAAUUUUUCAACUAGAGACUUUAUAAUAAAAAUGUGUUUCAUGCGCUUUGAAAUUACUUAAGUAUUUUCAAAAAAAUAGCAGGGUCCUGAUUCUAAAUGUUUUCGAUGGUCGAAAUUAUUAUACAUGGUGAGUCUAAAAUAAGUGCAAAUAUUUUUAGGGGUGGUACACGUCUAUGAGUUUUUCUCUCACAAAAAAAAUAUAUUAAAAAUCGUGCAUUUUAUCAGUUUAAAUUAUCCUGUAUAUUUUAGAACUGCCUGGUCACCGUAAAUUUUCCCAAUCUAAGAUUUUCAUAAUUAUAUAAAUAUUAUCAUAUGUAGCUGUCGGAUUCUGAGCCGCAUUAGAACUUCUCAUUCACUCAAAAAUAUAUUAAGAUGACCAGCUGGUCUUAUUAUUAUAAGCAUAUAGAUAGCAUAGAUUAUUAUCUAUGCUAUUAAGAUUUCUAUAUAGAAAUUAGAUUUUAACUAGUUUCAAGCAGUUGAAUUUGCAUUCAAUAAUGGAACAGUAAAAACGGUCAGAUCAAUUUCAACUGUCGAAAGAAUUUUGAAUCAGGGUCUAGUUCUUAUUUAUCAAUACCUUUACAAAAAAAAGCUUUAGUAAACUUGUCAUUUUUUGUGACAUUUAUCAUUAUAUAUGUUAUGUUAAACAUUUGAAUUUAUAAGUAAUGUCUAUUACCCUGAAGGGGUUCGUUUCAGCAAACUUUUGAAAAGAAAAUACAAAUCAAAAUUUCUACUUUAUAUGAAGUCACUAAAUUUAGAAUCCACGGAGACAAUUUCACACAUACCUACCUAAGAAAUAUUGAAUUUUCAAAUGGUAUACUAUUUUCUUAGUUUCGUAAAUUUCUGUUCAAGAGUCACAAUGAAAUCCGAGGAUUCUCAACUCAGUGACUUUAGAUAAAUAUUUUGAUUUUUAUCUUUAUUGUUUCAGAGAUGACAUUUCCAGUGUUUGUAGAUAUGUGAAUUUAUACUUAAACAUUACUAUUUAUACUCUCUAUUAUUUUCAUAAUUUUCAGAGGUUAAUAAAUGUUAUAUCAUACCGUAUGAUGGAUAAAAACGGCGAUGAUUGGACUGAAAAUAACGAUCGCUCUGAUUUUAUAGGUAAGUAUAUAAUAUUAUGUAGUGAAUAUCAUAGAUCGUCAUUUCGAAGCCCUCUUAAUGCCGUUUUUUUUUUCGAUUAUACGGUUAUUUAGGUUAAGAAUUAAUUAUAUAGUUAAAAUCAAACAAAAAAAAUUGUGUGUGCACUAUGUGCGCAUAUGUGCGCAUAAUGAAACUUCUCACUUCUGUUUCUCCCUCUGUCCAUCUGAGGAUUUCAUUCGUGUACCUCUAUCCACGUGCCGAGUUUGGUCCCAAUCGACCCAUAAAAAUCCUGAUGAUUUCGUCCAUUUAGAGGCAUCGGCAUCGGUUCGAAACGUCGAGGGCGUCAUCCUGUAG